GCUAGCAGCUACCUGAGCGCUGCGGGGGGCUGCGUUUGCCUACUCCGCUCCAGACCUGACGGCUAAAGGUACUUUAUGCCAACGUGGCUUCAUUCAUACAGAUGAACCAAGGAUUGGGAUAGCAGUAUAAAAUUAGAAUAAGACAGUUGACUGCCCAGCAGGAUGCCAUCAACUAACAGAGCAGGCAGUCUAAAGGACCCCGAAAUUGCAGAGCUCUUCUUCAAAGAAGAUCCAGAAAAGCUCUUCACAGAUCUCAGAGAAAUUGGCCAUGGAAGCUUUGGAGCAGUCUAUUUUGCACGGGAUGUGCGUACCAAUGAAGUGGUGGCCAUCAAGAAAAUGUCUUAUAGUGGAAAGCAGUCUACAGAGAAAUGGCAAGAUAUUAUUAAAGAAGUCAAAUUUCUACAAAGAAUAAAACAUCCCAACAGUAUAGAAUACAAAGGCUGCUAUUUACGUGAACACACAGCAUGGCUUGUGAUGGAAUAUUGUUUAGGAUCUGCUUCAGAUUUAUUAGAAGUUCACAAAAAGCCAUUACAAGAAAUGGAAAUAGCAGCAAUUACACAUGGUGCUCUCCAGGGAUUAGCCUACUUACAUUCUCAUACAAUGAUCCAUAGAGAUAUCAAAGCAGGAAAUAUCCUUCUGACAGAACCAGGCCAGGUGAAGCUUGCUGAUUUUGGAUCUGCUUCCAUGGCAUCCCCUGCCAAUUCUUUUGUUGGAACACCAUAUUGGAUGGCCCCAGAGGUAAUUUUAGCCAUGGAUGAAGGACAAUACGAUGGCAAAGUUGAUGUAUGGUCUCUUGGAAUAACAUGUAUUGAACUUGCGGAAAGGAAGCCUCCUUUAUUUAAUAUGAAUGCAAUGAGUGCCUUAUAUCACAUAGCCCAAAAUGAAUCCCCUACACUACAGUCUAAUGAAUGGUCUGAUUAUUUUCGCAACUUUGUAGAUUCUUGCCUCCAGAAAAUCCCUCAAGAUCGUCCAACAUCAGAGGAACUUUUAAAGCACAUGUUUGUUCUUCGAGAGCGCCCUGAAACAGUGUUAAUAGAUCUUAUUCAGAGGACAAAGGAUGCAGUAAGAGAGCUGGACAAUCUGCAGUAUCGAAAAAUGAAGAAACUUCUUUUCCAGGAGGCACAUAAUGGACCAACAGUGGAAGCACAGGAAGAAGAAGAGGAACAAGAUCAUGGUGUUGGCCGGACUGGAACAGUCAAUAGUGUUGGAAGUAAUCAGUCUAUUCCCAGUAUGUCUAUCAGUGCCAGCAGCCAAAGCAGUAGUGUUAAUAGUCUUCCAGAUGCCUCAGAUGAUAAAAGUGAACUAGACAUGAUGGAGGGAGACCAUACGGUGAUGUCCAACAGUUCUGUCAUCCAUUUAAAACCUGAAGAAGAAAAUUACAGAGAAGAAGGAGAUCCUAGAACAAGAGUAUCAGAUCCACAAUCUCCUCCCCAAGUAUCUCGCCACAAAUCACAUUAUCGUAAUCGAGAACACUUUGCAACCAUAAGGACGGCAUCACUGGUUACAAGGCAAAUGCAAGAACAUGAGCAGGAUUCUGAGCUUAGAGAACAGAUGUCUGGCUAUAAGCGAAUGAGACGGCAGCACCAAAAGCAACUGAUGACUCUGGAAAAUAAGCUAAAGGCUGAGAUGGAUGAACACCGCCUAAGAUUAGACAAAGAUCUUGAAACUCAGCGUAAUAAUUUUGCUGCAGAAAUGGAGAAACUUAUCAAGAAACAUCAAGCUGCUAUGGAAAAAGAGGCUAAAGUGAUGGCCAAUGAGGAGAAAAAAUUUCAGCAACAUAUUCAGGCCCAACAGAAGAAAGAACUGAAUAGCUUUUUGGAGUCCCAGAAAAGAGAAUAUAAACUUCGAAAAGAACAGCUUAAAGAGGAGCUGAAUGAAAACCAGAGCACCCCUAAAAAAGAAAAACAAGAGUGGCUUUCAAAGCAGAAGGAGAAUAUACAACAUUUCCAAGCAGAAGAAGAAGCUAACCUUCUUCGACGUCAGAGACAAUACCUGGAGCUGGAAUGCCGUCGCUUCAAGAGAAGAAUGUUACUUGGACGGCAUAACUUGGAGCAGGACCUUGUCAGGGAGGAGUUAAACAAAAGACAGACUCAAAAGGACUUAGAGCAUGCCAUGUUACUACGACAGCAUGAAUCUAUGCAAGAACUGGAGUUUCGCCACCUCAACACAAUUCAGAAGAUGCGCUGUGAGUUGAUCAGAUUGCAGCAUCAAACUGAGCUCACUAAUCAGCUGGAAUAUAAUAAGCGAAGGGAACGAGAACUAAGGCGAAAGCAUGUCAUGGAAGUUCGACAACAGCCUAAGAGUUUGAAGUCUAAAGAACUCCAAAUAAAAAAGCAGUUUCAGGAUACCUGCAAAAUCCAAACCAGACAGUACAAAGCAUUAAGAAAUCACCUACUGGAGACUACACCAAAGAGUGAGCAUAAAGCUGUUCUGAAAAGGCUCAAGGAGGAGCAGACCCGCAAGUUAGCCAUCUUGGCUGAACAGUAUGAUCACAGCAUUAAUGAAAUGCUCUCCACACAGGCUCUGCGUUUGGAUGAAGCACAGGAAGCAGAGUGCCAGGUUUUGAAGAUGCAGCUGCAGCAGGAACUGGAGCUGUUGAAUGCAUAUCAGAGCAAAAUCAAGAUGCAGGCUGAGGCACAACAUGAUCGAGAGCUUCGGGAGCUUGAACAGAGGGUCUCCCUCCGCAGGGCACUCUUAGAACAAAAGAUUGAAGAAGAAAUGUUGGCUUUGCAGAAUGAACGAACAGAACGAAUACGGAGCCUGCUAGAGCGUCAAGCGAGAGAAAUUGAAGCUUUUGACUCUGAAAGCAUGAGACUAGGUUUUAGUAACAUGGUCCUUUCUAACCUCUCCCCUGAGGCAUUCAGCCACAGCUACCCGGGAGCUUCUGGUUGGUCUCACAAUCCUACUGGGGGUCCAGGACCUCACUGGGGUCAUCCCAUGGGUGGCCCACCACAAGCUUGGGGCCAUCCAAUGCAAGGUGGACCCCAGCCAUGGGGUCACCCCUCGGGUCCAAUGCAAGGGGUACCCCGAGGUAGCAGUAUGGGAGUCCGCAAUAGCCCCCAGGCUCUGAGGCGGACAGCUUCUGGGGGACGGACGGAGCAGGGCAUGAGCAGAAGCACGAGUGUCACUUCACAAAUAUCCAAUGGGUCACACAUGUCUUAUACAUAACUUAAUAAUUGAGAGUGGCAAUUCCUCUGGAGCUGUCUGCCAAAAGAAACUGCCUACAGACAUCGUCACAGCAGUCUCCUCACUUGGGUACUACAGUGUGGGAGCUGAGUGCAUAUGGUAUAUUUUAUUCAUUUUUGUAAAGCAUUCUGUUUUGUGUUUACUAAUUGGGACGUCAUAGUAUUUGGCUGCCGGGUUUUUUGUGUUACUGUGUGUGUGUGUUUUUUUUUUUUUAACUUUUGGGCAAAUUUUGAAAAGGGUAAUUGAUAUUAAAUAUCUCAUGCAUGUGGUAAAAAGAAAUUGGCUGGAUAGAGGGGGUAUUUUCUGAACACUGCAGAAAUAAAAUGCAGCAAAGUGGCUUGAGUCAUCACUUGAGGGUAUCCAUAUCCUAAGAGUUUUGAGAAGAUCUAAAGUGUUCUUCGAGUUCUUAUGAGCCACUGACAGCAGGCAGCCUAUGCUGAAACAAGGUAUUAUUGGAACACACCUGCAACCCCCACCAAGGAAUUUUUUUUGUUAAAUUGGUUUGACUUCUCAGCCUGAUUUGGAGUGAAAAAGCAGAAAUCCACAAACACUAAGGGAUUAUAUUGGUCAUUUCAGAUGGUAGAAAAUAACUUACUUCUUUUUCUGAAAGCUUCAUAAAUUUGUCAAUGAUUUUUGUUCAUUCAGUUGUGCCUUCUUUGUGUCACAGUAAGAUGGGGUUGCUUAAAGAAACUACAAGUUGUGUGAGGAAUGCAUUAAUAAACCUGUGAGCCUUCAAAGGGGUGAGACAGUUCCUAGAAAGUUCAUCUGAUAGGUAUGUCCAGCAGCCUAGUAAGGAGAAGAAGCCUGUAUAUCCUGACAUUUUGUUGCUUAUACUGUGAUAUCUCAUCCUAGCUAAGCUCUGUAAGUUUUAAGACCCCAAACAGUACUUUUACUUUGUGCAAAAACAAAGACAUAGCCAAUACAAAUCAAAUGCCAGAGGUAUUUGAAUGAUGCCAUAUUUGCAAAUUGCCAUCUAUUGGAAUACUCAUCACACUACAUAGACAGAAUUUGAUUAUUCCCUUUUGGCUUAUGGGAUUUCCUGUUUACAAGUAGAAUAGUCGAUUAUUUAAAUGUUUAGUUGCCAUAGUGAACCAGGAGUCACUGAGCCAAUGACUACCAGCUGCUGACUAAUCCUCAUCACCACUGUAGAUUUUGCUGCAUAUGCAGGUCCUCUUAUUUUUUAAUUGCUGUUUUUGUUGCUGCAGUACUUUACAAACUUCUAGUUCAUUGAGACUUAGUAAUCAUUUUGGAUCAUGUUAACAUCACACAGUAGGAAACACCACUUCCAGAAGUCUCAAGCCUCAGAGCUGAAAUACUACUGAAAAGGAACUAGGAGGUUUGCUAAAUGAAAAAAAAAAAAAAAAAAAAAAAACCCAACAAAUAAAUAAAUAAAAGUAAGUUAUAGUGGUCAGGGAAUCUCUUGACAAAAGCUAACUUUUUUUUUAUUUUCGGGGAGUUGGGGGUCAUGUUUUUUCUUUUGUUUAGUGUUUUGUUUUAUUUUACAAUGAAGGAUCAACCCAAUGUUGAAAGUCAGAUGUUACUUGGUAUUCCACUGCUUGUAUGGAAGUUGAGUUGGAAGUGGGUGGGGAGCUGUGAAUAUGACUUGAAGAAAAAAAAAAUGUCCUUUCUGUGACAGAUCAGAGUUUCUUACAAGUUGAUGUCCUGCCCGCUCCCCAGUUAUCUUGAAAGACUUGCUGCUAACUCUGCAUCCUGCUUUUCAUGUAGUCAGAGGGCUCCAAGGUAGAACUCUACACGUCCCUCAAAAUAAAACUCUUCACCUAGACCAGACUAUUGACCAAAUUGUAAUAUGUCACUAAAGUCUUGAUUUUCUCAAAUUUUAAAUCUUCCCUGGGUAUGUCAGUCCAGUCUCCAAGAAUCCCCCCUUUAGGAAUUUCUGACACUGAUUUGAAGGUGAACAAGAAGAAAAAUUAAUAUUUUUAUAUAAAUCCUUUAAAAAUCAAAUCACAGUGGAAUUCACACACACUUCUAGACAGUGCUUUAAGUAGCGCACUGAUACAUUGUCCUCUUCGCUGUGCUCCAGAUCACCAGUUUUUAGAUAAAUAUGUGUACUUGCUCCAUCUACUGAAAAGGACUUUUAGUCUUGAUGUUCUUUUUUCCAUUCAGAUAUUAUAAGGUCUUUCAAGCAAGCAGAGAAAUCUUCCUGUUUGGAGGAAAAUAAUAAGAGCUUCAGAAUUUAACAAAAUGCCCCAAAAUAUAGAAUACCUUUAAAUGCACCCUUCUUAGAUAUGGCCCUUCUCUACUACUGCAGAGAUAGAAUAGGAAAGCAGAUCAGAUUUGCAUACAAAAUUCUUUUAAACCUAAAAUACUACCAGUAAUACAUUUUAAAGUCCAGUUGUGAACUUCAAAUAGUCAAAUUGAGUCACUUAAGUUCAUUGAAAUCAUAUGUACUUUUAUAAAAGUGUGAUUGAAUAUUGACUCCCAAGUGUCUAUCCUGAAGGGCUUUGUAUGUAAUUUAAUUGUAUGGCAACCAGUUUAUAUGUAGGUUAUGACUAUACCUGGAUUAUGCCAUUAAACUAAUCUUAAUUAAAGUAUGUAGUCUGCAAAAAUGAUUCAAAUUGGUUCAUUUAUGUUUAUGAGAUCUAACUUGUGAGGAAUCUCAUACACAAUAGGAAUCAUCACAUAGUGAAACUGGUAACAGGAAAAUUUGAACGGUUUUGAUGAGCUAUCCUAAGGAAAGAGCAAGCACUUUCUGAAUCAGUGUGCAAAUGUCAACAUUUGAUCAAAUUAACACUACCUCCUCCCUGGUGUUGGUGUUCACUUAUAUAUACAUGUGCGUGCGUGUGCGUGUGUGUGUGUGUGUGUGUGUGUGUGUGUUUAAGAAAAUUUUAAAUAUGGGAAAUUUAUGUAGCAUAUCAGAGGUUGUAAAUGCUAUAUCUGGUAUCCAGAGCCUGGCAGUGAAAGUCUUCUUGUGUUCACCUUCUCCAUUUUUUGGGCUAGCAUUUUAAAAAUGCAAAGCCUCAUAUACCUUGAAACAUUUUAUUCCUAAUUAGGUUCCCUCCCCUUUGCACAUAUUUUUUUCUCCCCUUUUAAACUCAACUCUAACCCCAAAUUAGAGUAUCUGAAAGCAUUUUCAUUAUGUAGAUAAUGUUAGCUAAAAAAUGUUUAUAUUUUUAUUAAGAGCUGCCAUUCUUUUGAGGCACAUAGUCCUACAUUUGAAAUCAUACCCACAGGUGUAAUAUGCUAAGUACCCUAAGUCAAGGAAUUAUUAAAUUGAACUUCUUGGCAUAGUCAUUAUGAUUUUUGACUGGACAUCAUGUAAACAUCAUUCAAAACACUAAAAAACUGUCCUGGACACUCCCCUCCCACUUCCACCACUUUUUCCUCACUGCCUUUUCAAAAAUUGAAAACUCUGUGUCUUUUUCAAACCAUAAGGCAGACUUUCUGCUUCUGUAAGUACUAAAUGUCUGGCAUUUUAAACUUUUAUAGAAUUCAUUGUGUUAGACACUGGAAUAAUACUGUUUAUUUUCACCUGUGAAAAAUGACUUUAUUGUACUUGAAACACCUCCUUUGCAUUUCUCCAUUUGUGCCAUUCACUAGUGGAAAUAAAUUGUAUUAUACCAUGAUCUACUGGCUUUUAAAAACUGUGUUAAAUAUGCACAUUUUUGGUAUAGCUAUUAUCAUUUGUAUGUAUAUAUUGUAUAUACAUAUGAGUGUCUAUAUGUGUGUAUAAAUGGAUGGAUGUAACUCAUACAUGUACAUUUCCAUCAGGGCACUUAAGGUUCUGUUUGUUGUUGUUGUUGUUUCUGUUGUUUGUUUGCUUUUGUUAUUUCAGUCCUCAGUUAUGGCCAGAAUGCAUGUGUUUUAAAGAAUGUGUACUCUGGGUUGAUAUUUAUGAGAAGAUGACAAUUUGUGCAGUCUUCUCCUUUUUAAUCCCCUCUUAGCACUUGUGUGAGUGGAGAGAAACUUAAGUAAAAUAUGGACCCAUAAAUUGCAAUGCAGUAAAAUUGUUCUGGGGAAAGGGCCAGCUAGUGUUUCUUUGAGUUUAUGUUAUGAUACAAUAAAAAGGUAAAUGAUGCAGAGAGAAAUGAACUGUGAAAAGGAAGAACACUGGUGGUGAUUCCUCUGCAAAGAUGAUAAAAAGAACCAAUAAGUCACAGAGUCUUUAUGUACUUUUUUGCAUAUAUUUCUUAGUUGUGAUACCAUUGAUCCUCUUCCUUUUUUUUAACCCCAUUAAUAGUAGCAGUUAUAUAUUUUGUUGAGGAUCAAAACAGCCAAAAAAGGAAUUACUACGAAAGCAUCUAAGGUACUCCUAAAGCAUAAAAUCAACAGGAAAUGGCCACUGGGAGAGAAGGAUAUGGUGUGAGGGACUUUCUCCUUUUAGCUGCCUCUUCUUGCUUGCUAAUAGUAAGUUCUUUGUGCACCUUCCACCCCUUCUGAGCCACGACUAUUCAAGCAGAGAUUUGGCCCAACACAGCACCCUUGGAGGUUUAUACAGUUCUGCAUUUUGUCGUAUGCUCAAAAUGUGAAGUGUCCUAGUGUGUAUUCAGUCGGAAAAUAAUUUAUUUAAGGUGUGUAAGUGUGAAUCUCCUAUAACGAUGGAAGAAGAGAUUCUCAUUUUUUAGAGCCUUCUUUAAGGAAUAAAGCCAGUAUUUGGGCUGUCAUCUUUGAGCUGCUUACCAAAAUAUAGAUCAUUAUUGAAGAGAAAUUCUCCAUUUUGUUCUCCCCCAUCAGACAUGAUACUAUUCCCACCUAGGUAUAGCAUUGCCUUUUAAAAGGCACGUGCUCAUUCUUAAUUGUUAAGAACUGGAAAUUUCCCAUCCUCUGUAAAGGAUGAAGAGUGUGCUGUUCAUUUAGCAUACUUGCCUUUUAAAUGCAAGGACUACUGAUUGAAGUCUGUUUUGCUGUGUCUGGUUAUGUUAGCUGCACUUUUAUGCAAUCACUACAGUAGAUCUGCAUUGGAAAUGACUAUUAAUUUGUAAAGAAGUAAGUUUUAUUAAACACUGUCUAGAAAAAAGUGAAGCUGAGAACUCUUCCUCUUUUGUGCAUUUGUAUUUUCUACUGAGUUUUGGUAGCCCUCUUUAAAGUUGUAUUGAUUUUUUUCCCCCUUCUUUGUUUAUAUUCAGAUUUCCAAAAUUUCACUUUUACAAGGAAUAGAACCUAUUUGGCCUAAUGGUACUCUUCAGAUCAUAACAAAUAUAUAAAUUAUGCACCUUAUUUGCCUGUUGUGAGUUUCUUAAACUUGCACUUCCCACCCACCCGAAGAUAGAUAUAUUUUUUAAAAAAGAGGCAGAGAAUUAAAACUAGGGAGACAUGUGCUUUGUCACCAUCACUGUUAAUUGUUUCCCAGUGAUCCAGACUUUUUGAAAUUUCAGAGAUUUGGGUGUGUGUGUCUAUUUGUACUCUUUGUUUUUAAUUAUGCAAAGGGUUCUUCUUUAAGUAGAGAAAAAGGUUAAUCUUCUCAAACUGAAGAAUGCCCACUGGAUAGUACUAAUCUGAACAUCUGUAGGUAGUUGUCAUGAAAAAGUGAAGUAAGGGUGAGACUUCCGAAUGAAUGAAAAAGGGUAUCUUGAUGCCCAAGAAUUCCCCUCAAAGUACGGGUAAUUCAACCUGCACAGUUUCCUUUCAUAGUUUUUAGCAAUUGUGAGUGGAAAAUCAUGUAAGUAGCUGUAAAUAUGUAGCUAACAAAUUGACCUAGUUUCUGUAUUUUUUUUAUUUUUUAUUUUUUUGGUUUUGUACUAAAGUUAUAGGUCUGUGCCAGCUAGAAAGGAGUUGCUGUCAUUGCCAGUUGUGGUUCUAGCAUCUAACCCUGAAACCAUCCUAGGUGACAUUUUUAGAAUAAAUGCUUAAAUGUUGUUAAACCUGGGGGAAAUGAAGCUUAAUUAUUGGUCAGGUUUGAAAUCUUUUGAAAUUUAAGUAAUUUUAUUUAAUAUAAUGAUUACAUGUUCUCAAUCAUGAGUAAGGUAGGGAGCCUCCCUCCCCCAGUGGCCAUGUUUACAGUGUGUCUUGUCUAUAAAGUGCAAGUGUGUUAAUGUUUAUGUAAAUUACACAGGUGAUAACAUUAUGGUUUGGGACUGUUUACGGGCUCCUUAACUGAAUUUUCAAAUGAAACGAACUAUACUUAUUGCUGGCACAUUCAUCCCAUUUCUGGAACACUUUUCCUAUUUCCAGAAUUACAUAUGUUCCUUAGACAUUACCCCCACUUAACUUCCCUUUUUCUGAUAUGCCUUGUAGCCAAGGUAUUAAAGACUGGUGAAUAUAGAUGAGGGAAAUGCAUUUUUUAAAAAAUCCAUGAACCCUCGAUUGUAUGCUUUCAGUACUUGUGUUAUGUUUCUAUGGCAACUUUGAAGUCAGUGGUUUAGAAAUGAGAUACCAGUGUUAAUGAAAAGUGUGUACUCUUUGCUUUUGCAUGGCUUGGCUUAGUAUCCAAGGUAUAUUAGAGCCACUUGAAAGCAUGAAGACCAGUUAUAUGGGAAUAGGUUUCUAUCAGUGGCACAUUUUUGCUUUUUCUUAGCCCUCAAAUACAUUGCCUAGGCAUGAACAUUAUUGUUAGUAUAAAUUGCACAUGGUCAUGGAGUGAAUUAUGUAAUUAAAAAGGAUGCAGCUGCCAACUGUAUGCAGUUCCUAGCUAUUGUGACAGUUUGGCACAUAUCAAAAUACCUAGGGGGUAUUGGAACAUUUCUAACCCUUUUGGGGAAUGUUAAACAGGUAUGUUUAGUUUAUCAAAAUGUUGGCUGCCCCUAGUAUAUUGCCAGACAGCUGUUAUUUGGUGCCCAUUCCAAAUGUGCUGUUGUCCUUCCUUUGCAUUUCACACUACCAGAGAAACCACCACCCUUUCUUCCUAGCACAUUUUCUGCCUUUUAUUCCACAUAAAAUGGGAAUUGUGCCUACAAAGAGUGCCCCUCCAAUUAAUUGCACGAGUCCCAAAACAAUCCAAGCCGAAGACACAAGGUGGGAAAACAUUUCAAAAAACAAAAAAACAAGAAGUCCACUUGAGGCCAGUAAUUUGUCUAACAAGGUCUUUUACCACAUUAUCUUGACACUUGAUAUAUGAGCCUAUUAGGAGUUACAAGUGGUUUCAUAGAGUGAAAUCCAACUGAAGAGGGAUGUGUGGGGUUUCUAUUAAGAGAUAGUUAUUUUGUUUUUACUUUACCUUUCCUUUUAUGAUCCUUCUUUGCCAGGUUAGAACAGGUUAAUUCUCCUAUUUUUUUUUUAACUUUAUAGGGAAAUUUUUACAAAAGUGAUGGUCUGAUGUAAAUAACAUUUUAAAGUAUAGUGCACAUAACUUCCCCGGACUAUUCAACCAGAUUAUUUGUAAAUGCUUUAGAGUUUUUUAAAUUAACACUUGUGUUGCUAAAUCCUAUUUAUGUAAGUCUGCUAAAGUUUUUAACCCACUUAAAACCUUCAACAUUUAAAUAAUGGAUGGGUUACUAUAAGCAAUUUAGCUUUCAGAACCCCCUUGUUUUAGUAUAUGAAAAAGCCUAAUGCACAUUCAUGAGGUUGGAGAGACUAUGAGAAAUAUGUAUAGUGUAUAUUUUAAAACAGCUUUGCUUGUAUUGUGAAGAUUUAAAAACAAACUUGAGAUUUUUAACAUAACUAUUAACACAGUUUUAACAUAAGUUAUCCCACUGGGUUUAAGAGCAUCUUGAAUGUAUAAUCCUUUUUGUAACCCAGGUUGGUUUCUGCUUUUAUCAGUCAUUCAAACAUUAUUUAUAUUUUUAGUUUUAUGUUCUCAUUUCCCCUUGUUUUCCUUAAACAGCAUGAUUUUUUUUUUGCACAUGUAGAAAUUUUUAAAGAGAAAGAAAUUAAUACAUCAUUUUAUCUGGAUUUUCUUCACAUCUCUCUUACUUUCUACUAACCCCUUCCUUAAAGGCCAUAUCACCCCAUUUGCAUUAUUGGUGCAAAUGCCAGGGUUGGUUUUUAUUUUUAUUUUUGCUAUUUACCUAAAAAAAAAAAAAAGAAAAUGCUUCAGUCAAUUGCCUUUUUAUUUAAAAAAAAAAAAAAAAGAAAAGAAAGAAAAAGAAAAAAAGCUGUAACCUUAUCAUUUCUGAGUAGACCAUUGAGAGAUGAAUGCACACCUGUCAUAGCCCAGGACCAGCUUUGGUGGCUAAAAGGGAAUGUUUUAACUAAGCAAGAUGUUCUUUUCUAAAAGUGGUAUCUAUUAUCCAUUCUAUUUCAGUUAUUCCCACAAGUCAGGGGUCCAGAUAAAAUGAGGGUUAUCAGCUAACUGAUAUGUUAUCAUUGAGGUUCAUCAAUGAAUUUGUACAUUUCUAGUUCCCUUUGGUGAAGGGAAAAAAUGAUGAUUUUGCAAGACCUAGAUUUUGGCUUGGUUUCUUGCCUCCUUUUUUGGCAGCCUUCAUCUUCUCAUCUCCCAAAGCCCUUGAGCCUGUAGGGUUUUCAUAGUGGACAAAGGACUUGUGGUCUUUUAAAACUGGGACUGAUUUUUUGGUGAGAGUUUAUUAUGUUGAAAGUGUGGUGAUGUUCUACCACUUUACCGAUGACUAAUUUUGAAUAUUCACAGUCCUCUCAAUUUUUGGACCAAACAGAUGCCCACAGUGGAGGCUUAUCAAGGGUUGCAAUGGAGAAGAAGCCUCUCCCUCACUGUCAGCACCAGCUGGUAAAGGUGACUGUACAGAUGUGCAUUUUCCUUUUGAUAGAAAUGGUCCACAGCACUAACUGGUAAGGCUUAUUGUACAGUACAUUGUCAGUAUUCUUCUGGUUCAGCAUACCUUAUAGUUCAUAUAUAACCUGUAUUAAUUGUAUAGAUUGUGCAUUUAAAGCUGUUACCAAGUUGUCAGAACAUAAGAGCGAAAACAAGGUCAUAUGUAAUAUUUUGUUUGUAAGUAUCCUUUGUAUCAUAGCAAAGGAAAUGUUUAAAAAUCAACUGUAAUAAAGUAAUUUUAGUACACA